AUGGCUGUGGCUGUGGCAGACGGCGGUCGGCUGGAGGUCUCCCACUCGCGGCGGGCGCUGCCUCUAGGGGCGCUUGUGGAGUACCAGGGUGUCCGGGGUCAUGUCCGCUUUGUGGGAAGGACCGACUUUGCCCCGGGCCUCUUUGUCGGCGUCGAGCUGAACAAGCCGUACGGUGACAACAACGGCACGGUAGACAGGAUCCAGUACUUUGUGUGCAGAGAGCGAUACGGGGUGAUGGUCAAGCCGUCCGAGGUCCGACGGGUAGACAUCAAGCGGUACAAGAAGCGGGCGAUUGUGCGGCAUAGUCAGUCAGGGACAAAAGCCGUGGAGAGCGUCGACAUCCCGCCCAAGAUCCAGCGCGGGCUGCGGAAGGCCGAGGCGGAGCGGCGGCGGGAGCGGCGGGCGCGCAAGCGGCGCGAGCGGCAGUAUGCGCCGCAGAUCCGGUACUACGACAUUCCACCGGUGCCGGCGCCAGAAUCGCCACAGGAGCUGAUUCAGACGUACUCGCCCGAAUACCGGCGGCGGCUGGAGCGGACGAUCCAGAUGCGUGAUGCGAGCAGGUCCGGAGGUCUUGACGACGCGAGUGGGUCGUGGGGCGAGGGCGGGAGCGAAGCUGGCGAGGCCUUCCCGCUCCGGUCGAAGCAUCGGCUCCCAGUCCUGCACGCCAAGUACGACCGCUCGCUCCAGCCGUGCAAGUUUCUUUGGGCGAUCCGGUGGAGACCAACUCGACGCGGGUGCUGUUCCAGUACGAGGGUGCGGUCAAGUAUGUUGGGUACGUGGAGCAGCAGCGCGGGCUGUGGGUCGGGGUGGAGCUCACCGAAGCGCUGCCGUCGGGCAUCAAGCAGCUGCCCAACUUUAUCGGCCCUCACAACGGGAGCUGGGACGGAGCGUUUUACUUUGAGGCCAAGCCGCUGACCGGGAUCUUCAUCCGGCCGUCGGCGCUUGUCCCGCUUGACCCACACAUCAUCGCCAUCCGCGAGGCCGAAGCCCGACAGGAGCGACUCUCCGAGUCGAAGCGCGAGCUGCUGGCGCGGCACGGGCAGCAGACGCCGCGGAGCCGGCCAUCACGCAACGGCUCGGCGCGGUCGAUGCGCAACAUCUCGGGCCAGCAAGGCAAGCCAAUGAGCUCGCAGAUUGCACGGUUGAAGGAGCGGGUCGAGACGAUCAUCGGCUCGAUUGACUACGGCGACGACGGUCCGGGUGAGACGGUGGCCAUCUUGCCGAUGCAGGCGUCGCUGGCGGCGAGUGGUGCGUCGGGCGUGGUGUCAGGCGAGGGCUCGUAUUCGUACUCGUACGACGACGACUACGGGUACUCGUACGACGACGGCGACAUGUACUAACAGCCACUGCUUCAGCACGUUACG